GGGCCCCCGGCUCCCCCGCGUCUCCCCCGCGCCCCCGCCGGCUCCCCGUGCGCCCCAGCGCGACCCCCGCUCGCUCCCCAUGCACCCCCUUUCCCGUGCAGCUCCCGUGCGCUCUCCGUGCUCCCCUUCCAUCGUUCUCCCCCUUCCCGUGCAUCCGUUCUGUGCUCCCCAGCGUGCUCUCCCUGCACCCCCUUUCCCGUGCAAUCCCUGCUGACCUCUCCGUGCACCCCCUUUUCCUUUGCAUCCCUGCUGCACUCCCCACUGCACGUCUUUUCCUACCCACCCCUUUCCUGUGCAUCCCCGGUGUGCUCCUCGCUGACCUUUCCCCGCACCCCCUUUCCUUUUUCCUCCCUUCUGUGCUCCCCACCGCGCUCUCCCCGCACCCCUGGUGCCCCCCACACUGAUCUCCCUGUGCCCCCCGGUGCUUUCUCCACGCACGCUGCCCCCUCCAGCCCCUGGCCGUGCACUCCCGGCCAUGAACGGCUCGCUGGCGGGCUCCGGGGGGGGCUGGCAGCCCGAGUCCGUCAUCAUCCCCCUCGUGUACUUCAUCAUCUUCCUCGUGGGCACCGUGGGCAACAGCCUGGUCCUGGCUGUGCUGCUGCGCAACGGGCAGGUGAAGAACACGACCAACCUCUUCAUCCUCAACCUGGGGGUGGCCGACCUCUGCUUCAUCCUCUUCUGCGUCCCCUUCCAAGCCACCAUCUACACCCUGGAGGGAUGGGUGUUCGGGCCCUUCAUGUGCAAGGCCGUCCAUUUCUUCAUUUACCUCACCAUGUAUGCCAGCAGCUUCACCCUGGCCACCGUCUCCCUGGACAGGUAUUUGGCCAUACGAUACCCCCUGCACUCCAGGGAGCUGAGGACACCCAGGAACGCCCUCCUGGCUAUUUGUCUCAUCUGGGGGCUCUCCUUCAUCUUCUCGGGCCCUUACCUCAGCUACUACCAGGAGUUCCAGCUGGCCAACCUGACUGUCUGCCACCCCAUCUGGGAGAUCUCCCAGCGCAAGAUCAUGGACAUCUGCACCUUCAUCUUCAGCUACAUCAUCCCCGUGCUCAUCCUGAGCCUCACUUAUGUGCGGACUAUUCGCUACCUGUGGCGCUCCGUGGACCCCCUCCAAGACAUGUCAGAGUCCAAGAAGGCCAAGAGGAAGGUCACCAGGAUGAUCAUCAUUGUGGCCGUGCUGUUCUGCCUCUGCUGGCUGCCCCAUCACCUGGUCAUCCUGUGCGUGUGGUUUGGGUACUUCCCCCUGAACCACUCCACGUACGUGCUGCGCAUCCUCUCGCACGUCAUCUCCUACGCCAACUCCUGCGUCAACCCCAUCGUCUACGCCCUGGUCUCCAAGCACUUCCGCAAGGGCUUCAAGAAGAUCUUCAGCUGCCUCCUGCACAAGAAGGCAGCGCACAGGGUGCACGUGGCCCAGGCUGCCCACACGGUCAGCACGCUGGAGGCAGAGCUCAGCGAGGUGACCCAGCUGAGCGAAGCCCUGCCCGGGUGCUCGGCCACGCGCUGCAGGGCCCCCGUGCAGCCCUGGGGGGAGGCAGGGCUGCAGGGGCAGCAGCAGAGAGCAGAUGGCUCCUCUGUCACCUUCAACGUCAGCUAGCAGAGCUCCCUCCCACCCCAGGGCUUUGCAGUCUCCUGCAGCAUUGCAGGCCUGGGGCCGGGCUACAUUUUGGGUUGAAAUGGGUCCAGUUGAAUCCUGUUCAUUCAAAUGCACUCAGAUAUCACAACUGUGAUGGUGCUGAUACAAACUCAGCCAAGAACCAACCAAGGACAGGAUUUGCUUCCACCAAGCACUUGCUGAGAGCAGAGAGAUCAAACCCAAAAAUCCACUGCCAUGUGUAAACACCUGCUCCUCUGUCAUGGAUGGACUUAGUCCUGUUGCAUCUACACCCAGAGCCUGUGAAAAGCUCUGGCCCCUCCAACCAGCAUCUGGAGCUAGUGGGUGCACUUUUAGGGACAUUUGGAAAGUUUUGGUUUGUUUGUGUCCUGGUUUAGGAGCUGCAUCCCAGCGCUGGGCACAAACCCAGCUCAGGUAGGAAGAUCCAGGAACGAAGCACAGAAGGUCACCAAGGACCAAGGGGAGGGAGGUUGUUUGCCAGGGAAGCAGAGCCAUGGACCCAUGGUAGGGGAAGGAUUUUAAAGCCUUUGCACAGCCUGGGGACAGCUCAGCAUCUCAAGAAGGCAAGGUGCUCAUGGAGACAAGCAGGGCACUGACACUGAGGUGGGACGGCCAGGGCUAUGUGAGAGCUGGGAGUGCCCAGCACACCUGGGAAUAAAUAAAGCCCCUCCACCCCA